GUUUUGGGCACCCAAGGCGGUGCUUAAGGUUUCUUCCAGCUAUCACCGCCACAAGCCUAGAUCGAACUUCAACCACUCGCUUAUCUUAUCUCGGAAUAACAAUAUUUUUCGCAUGUCUCGAGAGUCUGGCUCGAUACGGAGUUUUCCUAGAAAGCAGCGGAACGUGGAUUCUUUUCCCAUCCUCGAAGAGGAUGAGGCAAACAGUGAUGACCACGGUCUCCCGAUAAUGCCCGUUUUCAGUAUCAGCGACGAAAAAGGCAUAUCGAAGGAUGCCCAAACGGUGGACAAUAAAAAGCGCAUUGAGCAGGAAAUUGAGGGAGAUUUCGACAGGGAAUUUUACCGGGACUCUGCGGACCUGCCUUCGAUGCAACGCAAGCCGCUGCUGGCGCAGCAGGUCGAUUUGGGCGACCCGGACUCGAUUCUCGACGAGUCGACAGACGAGAGCGAACAUAGUGUCGAGCAAACCCCAGAACUUGAGCCUGCGAAGCCGGGGAAGGUACGUAGUUGGAUCCGCCGGUUUACUACACAUGCUUCACAGCCGCCUAAGCUAGGACAAGACUCCUCAGAGGGCACCGAAAUGGACAGUCUUGACCCGUUACAUGGUAUGAUGAAGUCGAAGUUUUUCCAUUUUGGCGCUCCAAAAGAGCGCCCUGUGGAUGAGGAAAUGGGUCACUAUGAUGAAGCGAAAGGUAUUGUUGAAACACACGUUCCGAUGGAGAACUUGCGCUCUGUGUCAUCCGAGAAUUCGCUCGACCGCGGGGCUUUGAAGGACACCGAUCCCAACGAGUAUUUUAUAGCGCCCCUGCUGGACGAUUACGAUGAGAUGGCACCGCAUGAGCCGGCAGAGCCGCAACGCUACAAAAAGGGCAUAUUUUCGAAUAUUAUGCGGUUGUACAAUUCAAGUUUGCCGAACGUUGUUUCUGUGCAGGACAGUGACAGAGACGAGGUUGCUCGUUCAACAAAAUGGAAACGGCUGUCGCUCUUGAAUCGGUCGUCUUCCAGCUCCAUAAAUGAGGUGUUGUCUACAGAUGACAAAAAGCAGCGCCACAAACGGGAAGUUUCAGGCAGUUCUCUCGUCAGUUUUUUCGGUAACCGAGAAAGCAGCAGCCAGGCAGAAAAAGUCGACCUGCCGCAGUUUGAACACAAGGACAAGAAACUAAAGGACAUGCUUAAGCUCAAGAAGAAGCGCAAGCGCGAGACGGCGGCGCGCAUAACCGUGCACAUCGCAGACGUGCUGCAACGCCAAAGGUUUAUUCUCACCCUGUGCAAGGCGUUCAUGAUGUACGGUGCGCCCAACCACCGGCUGGAGGAGUAUCUCUCUGCUGCAUCACGUGUGCUUGAGAUUGACAGCUCGUUUAUCUACCUCCCCGGCGUGAUGAUUGUUUCGUUCGGCGACCCGUCCACGAGAACGUCCGAGAUGAAGCUCGUCCGCGUGUCGCAGGGCCUCAACUUGGGCAAAUUGGACGAGGCUCAUGAACUGUACAAGAGCGUGGUGCACGACCGGAUUGGCGUCGAUGAGGCGUCUUCGCGGCUCGAGGAGUUGCUGCAGCGGCCAAAUUAUUUUAACACCUGGUGGAGCAUUUUGCUGUACGGGAUUUCCAGCUGCUCCGUGAUUAGCUGGGCUUUUGGCGGCUCGUGGCUAGACAUCCCGCCCACCUUUGCGCUCGGUUGUCUGCUCGGCUUCUUGCAGCUCGUCGUGGCACCAAAAUCGACGAUCUACUCGUCAGUGUUCGAGGUCAGCAGCACCGUGUGUCUGAGCUUUAUUGGUCGUGCCAUUGGCACCAUCGGUGGCGGCAAGUAUUUUUGCUUUGCGGCUGUCGUCCAGGGAGGUAUGUGCAUGAUUCUGCCGGGCUACAUCAUCCUCAGCGGAGCCCUAGAGAUACAAAGCAGGUCCCUCGUGGCAGGCUCCGUGCGCAUGUUCUACGCCAUCAUAUACUCGCUUUUUCUCGGGUUCGGUCUCACUCUUGGGUCAGCUCUGUACGGCUGGAUGGACCACCGCGCUACUACAAACACUACAUGCACCUCCAACAUCUCGCCGUGGUGGAACUUUGUGUUUGUGCCCGUUUUCAGUCUCGCGCUAUCGAUGGCAUCACAGGCGCAAUGGCACCAGCUUUCAAUCAUGACUGUCAUCGCAUGUGGCGGCUACGUGGUGUCGUAUUUUUCGUCUCGACACUUCAGCAUCACAGAGUUCAACUCGGCCCUCGGCUCCUUCACAAUCGGUCUGCUAAGUAACUUGUACUCUCGCACAGGUACUUCAUUCCGCCGUAUAGGCUACUGCAACUCUGCGUUCACCGCGAUGCUCACAGGCAUCUUUGACCAGGUCCCCGGCGGAGUGGCCUCGCGCAACGUUUUGGCAGCAGGGAUUUCGCAGCUGAGCAACCAAACGAGCGGGAGCAGCGGGACGCUCACCUCUGCUGCAGCGGCCAUCAGCACCAGCACCUUGAGCUUUGGAAUCUCAAUGAUCGAGAUCGCUAUUGGAAUCAGUGUCGGACUGUUUUUCAGCACAAUGCUGGUGUAUCCUUUUGGCAAAAAAAAUACCGGUAUUUUCAGUUUAUAGAGCAGAUUGCCAACAAUGAAUAAUUUAUUUGGCUCUACACUCCUCCAGCCUCCCUGAACCAUCUGACCACCCUGUCAAACCCAACUAUCACAAGCCCAUCGUUGUCGCCCUCACCUGCCACCAAACCUCUAGGAAUGAAUGAAAGAGCACAGCACGUCGCAUUGUCCAGCUGGUUCGCGUGGCUUAGGGCCUCGUCGUCCACAUCGGACUUGCUCACCACCAGAUUGGCCUCCUUGGUCCGCGUACUUGUGCUCCAGAUCCGGAUCGUGUCGUCUAAACCUCCACUUGCCAGCAGCGUCCCGUCCUCGUUGAACGAAACCGACAUGCACCAGCUGUUGUGCGCAAAACCGCCGAUCCCGACAUUUGACGAGUGCGACGCGUUUGUCAGCGUGCCAAUGACCUCGCCAUAUUUCACGUCGUACAAGAAAAUAGUCCCGUAUGCACCCGAGUCGCGCGCCACCGCCAACAACGUUCCCCCGGGCGAAAAUCGCACACAUCGCACUGUCGACAAUGAGCUCGAGGACGUUGCCUUCUUCAGGCCGUAGGAUUGAAACUCAUAUAAUGGCUUGAGGUACUCAAGGUCGUAGAUGUACACGUUGCCGUUCUGGUGGCCAACGGCCAUUCUCUUGAAUGUAGGGUCCAGAUCAACACUCGUUGCAAACGAUUUGUCUGUUGAGGACGUUGUGGCAGUGUAGGUCAAUGUUUCACCCUGCAAGUUGUAUAUCUGUGUUUCUCCGGAAGCCAUCGUGAUCGCCAAUACGUUGUUGUCCUCUUCGAGAUCCUUCAUGAAUUUUAGUGCCCAGAAAGAGCUUUUUUCGUUCUUAAGCUCUGCAGGAAGGUCGUCAACGGCAGCGAGCUGAUUGCUCAUCUUGUACAGGUAAAACUUUCCCGAAAAAGACACUGUGCCAAUCAGUAAGAAAUCGCUCGUUUCAAACAGGGAAACGUGGUGUAGCCCAAACUUGUCGACAAACACCUUUGUUUCCAGUGCCCGGUCGGAAGAGGAAUUGGACCAAAAUUUCAAGG